CCGCCGCGGCCGGGAGAUGUGCCCAGAGGAAGGCGGUGAGGCCGGGCUGGGGGAGCUCCGCUCCUGGUGGGAAGUCCCGGCCAUCGCGCACUUCUGCUCGCUCUUUCGCACGGCGUUCCGCCUGCCCGACUUUGAGAUCGAGGAGUUAGAAGCAGCUCUUCACAGAGAUGAUGUAGAGUUUAUCAGUGACCUGAUCACCUGCUUGCUUCAAGGCUGCUAUCAACGAAGGGAUAUCACGCCUCAGACAUUCCACAGCUACCUAGAGGACAUCAUAAACUACCGCUGGGAACUGGAGGAAGGGAAGCCCAACCCGCUGAGAGAAGCCAGUUUCCAAGAUCUGCCUCUUCGCACUCGUGUGGAGAUCCUACACCGCCUCUGUGAUUACCGGCUAGAUGCAGAUGAUGUCUUCGAUCUUCUCAAGGGUCUAGAUGCAGACAGUCUCCGCGUGGAGCCAUUAGGUGAAGAUAAUUCUGGGGCACUAUAUUGGUAUUUCUAUGGAACUCGAAUGUACAAGGAGGACCCAAUACAAGGAAAAUCCAACAGAGAACUCUCUUUGAGCAGGGAAAGUGAAGGACAAAAAAAUGUCUCAGGUGUUCCUGGGAAAACAGGAAAAAGAAGAGGAAGACCCCCCAAACGGAAGAAACUACAGGAGGAGAGUAUAGUGAGUGAAAAGCAGGAAGAAAACUCCUUGGCAUCUGAGCCACAGACAAGAAAUGGGUCCCAAGGGCCAGGUCAAGGCACUUGGUGGCUCCUCUGCCAAACAGAAGAAGAAUGGAGACAGGUCACUGAGAGUUUUCGGGAGAGGACCUCCCUUCGAGAAAGGCAACUCUAUAAGCUCCUCAGCGAGGACUUUCUACCCGAGAUCUGCAACAUGAUUGCCCAAAAGGGAAAGCAUCCACAGCACACAAAGGCAGAGUUGCAACCAAGGUGGAUGUCUGACCACCUGUCCACCAAAUCCGUCAAGCAAGAGGAGACUCCAGUGCUUACCAGAAUAGAAAAACAGAAGCGCAAAGAGGAGGAAGAAGAACGUCAACUUCUUCUAGCAGUGCAGAAGAAGGAGCAAGAGCAGAUGCUAAAGGAAGAGAAGAAACGGGAGUUGGAGGAAAAGGUCAAGGCAGUAGAAGACCGAGCUAAGAGGAGAAAGCUCAGGGAAGAAAGGGCAUGGCUGCUGGCCCAAGGGAAGGAGCUCCCCCCAGAGCUUUCCCACCUGGACCCUAAUUCCCCCAUGAGGGAAGAAAAAAAGGCUAAAGACCUCUUUGAGUUGGAUGAUGAUUUCACCGCCAUGUAUAAAGUUCUAGAUGUGGUGAAAGCUCACAAGGAUUCCUGGCCGUUUUUGGAACCUGUGGAUGAAUCAUAUGCCCCAAACUAUUAUCAGAUUAUUAAGAUCCCAAUGGAUAUUUCAAGCAUGGAGAAGAAACUAAAUGGAGGUUUAUACUGUACCAAGGAGGAAUUUGUAAAUGACAUGAAGACUAUGUUCAGGAAUUGUCGAAAAUAUAAUGGGGAAAGUAGUGAGUAUACCAAGAUGUCGGAUAAUUUAGAGAGGUGUUUCCAUCGGGCAAUGAUGAAGCAUUUUCCUGGCGAAGAUGGAGACACAGAUGAAGAAUAUUGGAUCAGAGAGGAUGAAAAGCGGGAGAAGAGACGCAGUCGGGCUGGGCGAAGUGGUGGAAGCCACGUAUGCACCCGCUCCAGGGACUCCGAAGGGCCCAGCAGGAAACAGCAGCCUGUGGAGAACGGAGGAAAGUCAUUGCCGCCUGCACGCCGAGCUCCCUCUUCUGGGGAUGAUCAGAGCAGCAGCUCCACACAGCUCCCUCUGGAGGUGGGCACCUCAAAUAGCCGAGUCCUUCCUCGUCCCCUGCAUUAUGGUGGGAUGCCCAACCAGGCAUCCCUUUUAAACCAGAUGAGGCCAGCAGUACCAGGAACAUUUGGCCAUCUUCAAGGAUCAGAUCCUGCCAACUUAUAUGUCCCCUCUAGAGUCCCAGAACCACACCCUGGAGAGCCUAUACAGCAGCACCAGCCUUUUGCCAUGCAGCCUCCAGUUGGAAUUAACAAACACCGAGGACCCAGGCUGGGCAUGCCUGAAGAGAAGCAAGUGUGUGGGGGACUGAGGCACCUUUCUAACAUGGGAUCACAUCCUGGAUCCUUGCCUCUUGGGCAGAUGAGUGGCCCCAGUCAGGAUGGAAAUAUGUAUUCCUUAACUCAAUUCCAGCCAGCAUUUAUUCCACCCAGACAUGGAGGGGUUCCAGUCCGACCCCCAGACUUUCCUGAAAGCUCAGAAAUUUCUCCCAGCCACAUGUACCGAUCAUACAAAUACCUGAAUCGAGUACACCCUGCUGUCUGGAAUGGGAACCACGGUGCUACAAACCCAAGACCCUUAGGGCCAGAUGAUAAGCCCCUCAUGGGACCAGGACCCUCUCACCAGCCUCGUACUCUUGGUCACAUGAUGGAUUCCCGAGUGAUGAGACCACCUCUUCCUCCAAACCAGUGGACUGAACAGUCAAGCUUUCUACCUCAUGGUGUUCCUUCUUCAGGGUAUAUGCGACCACCCUGUAAAUCUGGUGGGCAUCGGUUACAGCCACCUCUAGCACCAAAUCCCCUGUUUGGAGCACCCUCCCAGGUUCUGCGAGGGGUGCAAGGAGGGGACUCCAUGAUGGACAGCCCAGAGAUGAUCGCCAUGCAGCAGCUUUCCUCCCGCGUUUGCCCGCCAGGUGUGCCUUACCACCCCCAACAGCCUGCUCCCCCCCAUUUACCUGGCCCUUUUCCACAGGGUGCACACUCAGCAUCAGUUAGUGUGUCAACCCCCAAGCCUGCCUUGGGGAACCCUGGAAGUACACAGGAUAACAGUGAAAUACAAGAGCUUGGAAAUGACCGAGCAGAUCCCUUGCCUGGGCUCGAGAAACCACCAAGUGUUGGUGCCUCAGAGGGGGUGUACCUCAAACAACUACCUCACCCUACGCCUCCUGUACAGACCAACUGUAGCAGGCAGAGCUCACCACAAGAAAGGGAAGCAGAGGGCCCAGAGCUCAAAAACGACUCUGCAGCAUCUGAAGGCAACUGUCAGGCAACAAAGGGCAAAAAUACCUGGCCCUCGGAGAGUAGCUACACCAGCCCAGCAGCCCAGGGAUGUAUGAGGGACCUCUCCACUCUGGCAAAUAGAGGAGCGCUACCUGAAAAUGGAGUGGUGGUUGAAGCACCCCCUUGUGGAUCAGAGGAGAAGGGCCUUGAUGGUAGUGGUACAGAAAAGCCACUCUGCCCCAGAGGUAAAACAUUACAGGAAACCAUGCCAUGUACAGGACAGAACCCAGCUACACCUCCCAGUGCAGACCCCAGUUUGAUGGGAGGCACUGUCAGUCAGUUUUCUCCCUUGUAUAUGCCUGGCCCAGAAUACCCAAAUUCAGCUACACAUUACCACAUCAAUUCUGGCCUGCAAGGUCUGGGCCCUGUGAUGGGAAGUAAACCCUCAGUAUCACAUCCUCAGCAUUUUCCCCCUAGGGGCUUUCAUUCUAACAACCCCCAUUCUGCAGUCUUUCCCCGUUACCGCCCCCACCAAGGAAUGAGGUAUUCCUACCAGCCACCACCUCAGCCUUCCUACCAUCACUAUCAGAGAACUUCUUAUUACACAUGUCCACAGGGCUUUUCUGACUGGCAGAGACAUCUUCAUCCCCCAAGAAGCCCAAGUGGGCCCCCACCUAGUCAGCCUCAUCCUCCAAGACCCCUCUUCUCAGAUAAGAAUGCCAUGGUUAAUCUACAAGGCUGUGAGACACUGAAUGCUGCCUUAACUUCCCCAACCCGCAUGGACGCAGUGGCUGCUAAGGUCAUUGCAGCUGAUGGGCAGAACCCUGGUCCAGAGGAAGAGAAGCCAGAUGAAUCUAUGGAGAGGCCAGAGAGUCCCAAAGAAUUUUUAGACCUAGACAACCAUAAUGCAGCUUCCAAGCAACACAGUUCUUUGUCAACCAGCGAAUAUCUUUAUGGAACUCCUCCUCCACCUCUUGGUUCAGGGAUGGGGUUUGGUUCAUCUGUUUUCCCACCUCAUGGUGUAAUGCUACAAACAAGGCCUUCCUAUACACCUCAACGGCCGACCAGUCAUCUCCAGCCCAGGGCAUAUUCUUCCCCUGUGGCUGCUCACCCACCUCACCAUCCAGUAACUGCCCAGCCCAACGGCCUCUCUCAGGAGGGCCCCAUGUACCGCUGCCAGGAAGAGAGCCUAGGCCACUUUCAGGCUGUAAUGAUGGAACAAAUUGGCACUGGAAGUGGAAUAAGGGGACCUUUCCAGGAAAUGUACAGACCAUCCAGAAUGCAAAUGCAUCCAGUCCAGUCACAGUCCUCUUUCCCAAAGACACCAGCACCAGCAGCAUUGCAGGAAGAGCUGCCACCACAUAAGCCCCCAACACUCCCUCUUGAUCAGAGCUAGUCCAAGGAGGAAAUAACCCCUAAGGAAACAGAAAGCUGCACAUGAAGACUGGAACAUGGAGAAUUUGGGGAACAAUCCUCACCCAUCUUUAUUCCUGUCACCCUGCCAUGGCUCCUCACAGUGUACCAUCGCAUGCCAUCCAGGAGCUGGAGCCAUGCCCACAGCCCUAGAAGCACUCUGCUUAAAUAACACACAGUUUGCAAGGGUCCUAGUCAGAGAUCUCUUGCGUGUCUAAUAGCCAAGAACAAAUGAAUUGGAAUUAAUGAUGGCUUCCAAGUCCUGAGACUUGUUCAGGGAAAUCAUCUAAAACUUGGGAGGGGCAUGCAUAAGAAUAGAAUGGAGUGGUGCUUGUAAACUUUCAUGAGCAGCUAAACUCAGGUAUAUAUUUGGGGAAAGAACUACUCAUAGUAUUAAUGUCUUUGGAGUUGGGUCCAGUUUACAGAAUUUUCAUGUUGCCUUUUAAAAUAAUUUUUGUUGGUGGUGGUGAAUGUAUUGUACAUAAACUGGGCAGGUGGGUGGGGAUCUGGAAGAAAUGGAAGUCCUAACUGGUGGGCACACAGCACUGGAGUGAUCUUACCUGUUUACAAUUUCGUCACACUGAAUACUUUGGGAGCUAGAGAAAAGGGUAGAAAAGGAAUACUCUUGUAUGUCACUGUGUUUUCCUCAGUGGCCAGCUGUCCUUUAAGAGUAAAGGCCUUCUUUUCAAUCCGUCCAAGAGAGUUUUGUUCCACUGCCCCGCUGCUUAGUUUCUCAGUUCAGAUGCAGAGUGCUCUCAUGGCCUUCCAGAAGUUUCCACCCAGAAGCAGGCUGCCCUUGUGGCUGAUGGCGUAGGUCUUGGACUGGGAGAUCAGUGCCCUUCCUGGUUUGCCACCACAUCUACCAGAGUUGUAAACCAAUAUCACUAGAGUGUUUUCUUAUUAGAAGAGAAAAUGAAUCGUCCUCUUCACAGGCCUGCUGGAACUGUGAUCUGGAAGGCAUCACACAGAGCUUUCUGGCACAGAUCACAUUUUGUGGAAGUGACUACUCAGGUUUGUAUAUGUUAGUAUCAAUAAAGAAAUUGCACAGUUUUGAAUAGGAAAAAUGUAUUCUAUAGGUUUACAGUUUGAAUUUAGAAAUAUUUCACUAUAUAUAGUCCUUAUUUUAAGUGAAUCAUAGUAAAAUAAGUCAUGGUGAUUUAAAAUAGCUAUCAAGAACAAGUUCUUGGGAAUCAUUUUUCUUAUAUGUGAUAGGAAACAGUUUUACAGUAUUAAAUUACUUUAUUACAGUUAUAGAAGUGAAUUACACUGGGUGCUCCCUGUUUAGCAUUCUGUAUUUGAUUUUAGCUGAGAUGCCACCAAAGUUAGGGCUUAUAUGAAUAUGCCACAAAGAAAGAACAAACUAAGGAAAAUGCCCUGGAAUUAUAGAUUUUUGUAAAGAAUAGCAUAUUUUUUAACAUGCCUUUGGGAUAGUGGAAAAGCUACAGAGGUAUAUUAAUCUGCCCUAGUUACUUAUAAAUUCAUCUGUGUGGGGGCCAGUAGAACCUUUCCCUCCAAUUCUAACAUCCUUGAUGAAAUACUGAACUAUCAUGUUUAAAGUUUGCUAAAUAUAUGCUAUCCUUAGGAAAAGAAACAGAUUGGAAACAUUUAUGUUAUACAGAUGUACCCCAAGACACCAGCUCCAGUAUAAGGGAAAUUCAUACAUAUAAAGGUGUUCUGGUUGACCUGGCAUUGUGACUCACAGCUCAGGCAGGACUGAGAACUGAGUAGGGAACACAGAUGCCUCUAAGUCAAUGCACAACAAUACAAAUUCCUCUCAGACUUUAAUUUUAAAUUUGGCGUGCUUUUAAGUGGAAUGAGUUUUGAGGCUGUGUUCUCAUUUUAUCCUAAUACUUGUUAGUAACCUAUCUUGGGCAUAAUCUGGUUUAGAAGAAGGAAGAGGUCAGCAUUCUCUGCAGGAAGAGCAGAUUAGAAGGUUUGAGGAUGGGUCUCAGCCAGCCCUUGAGCUAGUUGUGGCAGAUGGCAUGGUGGAAGAAGUACUACUUCUGUUUCUGUGUUUGUGCAAAAGCAGGGAGGAGGAAAAGACCAGCUGGUCUUUACAGCUAGCUUAGGCCUGGCUAGACCUGGUCUUGGCCUAGAACAUUCUGCCACUGAUAGCCUUUCUGUUUUUGCGUAAAAGCAGGUUUGAGUGAGAGACCUCUGCUCCUCCCUGAACUAGGAGCAUGCUAAACUUAAGGCCUCUUGCCCUGGUGCUAAAGCUGUAGAGAUUGCUUUGUGCUGAACUCCUUGGGGCCUGGAUAGAAGUGAGCGAAAGCAGUAGUUGGCUGAUGUGUACCCUUUCCUUUGAGCCAGCUGUGUACACACUGCUUGAGGUAACCCUUUCUCCUCACUCUCCCAGACCCUUACCCCCUAUUGUUAGAAGCUGUGAACAGUAUAGGGGAAAAAGUCAGUCAAUUCUUUUAUCCUUAAUCUCCCUUCUUGGUAGGCAGAAAGGUGAGAAAAUAAGGAAAAUGAUAGGAAAUUGAACUACUGUAUUACAACACUGUGAACAAGGGCAACAGAUACAUCACCAGCCUUGCUGCAUCCUGUGUGGAAAUUUGGUUGUACAUUACAGGUACAGUGCUUCAUCCCUGUUUGUAUAUCCUGAGCUUUAACUGGUCUUUGAAGUAGAGAUCUGCUAGAAGUUGUCAGGAGCUGCAGGAGUGCACAUGGUAAACUGCUGUAGGCUGCUCGCCCACACAUUCCCCACACAGGCUCUUUUUUUUCUGACCUUUUUUUCUCCCUAGUACUCUCUUUCCAAGUGUCUUAAGGUGAUUCAUUUGCUAUCUUCUCCAUUAGGGAAUGAAUGGUGAUUAGGUGACAUGCUAUAACUAGAAAGUAGAGUGUAAGAAGAUCUGCUCUCAGGCUAGAAGGACUUACACACUGGAUCACUGCAGCCUGGUCAGGGUAUUGGCUCUCAGUGGUCCCCAAGAAGGACAGCUGCACUUUGUGAAGGAUGGGUCUCACACCUAUUUGAUUUUACAUUCAUGGCUAACCUUAAGUUGUUAAUAAGUUAGAAGCUCUUUCCGCAAGACCCAAGAGAAAUAAAAUAUCCAGAAAGAAAAGAAGAGCCUUUUGUAAAGUUGCUGGUUUGGGUUUUAUUUUCUCAGUCUGUUCAUUUGAAAAGUACCUAUUGUCUAAAAUUUAUUACAGUGUGUAUUUGGAGAGUAAGGAAGGACAAAAUAUGCAGAUUCUUGUUCAUAUAAUUUUUUCCACUCUACUUUUUAAAAAUAAGAUGUAAAGCCACUUCAUCUCUCUUUAGGUCAGGUUCUUCUGAUAGUGCAUAUGAGCUUACUAUUAACAGUUGUUUAUUCUCAGUAAGCCCAAGUCAGACUGCUCCCGAAGGGCAAGCUUUCCCAUGCCUAUCUUCAUUUUGUGGUUAUGAGAACCUUUAGACCUGUGGUUUGUGCCCUUUAGUCCAAUCAAACCUCAGCAUUUAAGUGUCACCUUGCACUAGCCUAGCCCUGUAACCUUGGAAGUGCUUGUCCUGACUAAUCAUUUGGUGUCUGUAGCACUUAUCUGCUGUAUUGUUAUUUAUACUAUUCCUUUGUUGGUUGAACUUUUUUCUUGCCUUUUUUCAGUGGACAUUCAAAUCUAUAAUAUGCUGAUCUUAAGACCUGAUUUGAAACUUCACAGGAAGUCUUAACCCAGCAGUCCCAAGGCAAGGACAAUUACAUAGUGUCAAGAAUCCGGACAUGCUUUCAGAUAAACUCUUUAAGGAAAUGAAAGGCUUAAAGUUUUCUAGCAUUAUUGCCCCCCUUUGUGCCUGUCAGUCAGUUCGCCCCCUGCCAGAUUCUUCUUGAAGCCCAGUUGCAGGAAUUAACUCUGUGUGUGAAAGUGAAGGACUCUUCAACCCUGACGCUUUCUGGGAUGCAGUGUUUCUGCAGACAGCACUCUGUUCAACACUGCAGUGAGGAUACUUGGAAUUUUGGUUGAGCAUGCAGAGAUUUUUACUCCAGGGCUCACAUUGCUGUCUAGGAACCAAGACUGAUUGAGCCUUUCUGUGUGAGAAGAACCCAGACCCCCAUUUUCUUUUUUGGUUGGUUGGACUCUGCCAUGCAUUCUUAGGACACUGAGCCGUUCUUGCUUUCCUUUUGGUAAAACAACUUGAGUGAACACUUUAGCAUCUCAUCUCUCGUAUGAAGCUGUGCACAAGCUUUGUCUGCACGCUGGGUGUUUAUUCCUCUCUGCUUCAUAGGACCUUUGUUAAACAGACUUUUGGAGAGGCUGUCUUCUGGCUAGUCUCUUUAAUUCUGCACCAGGGAUUCACUGAACCUUUAUGUAGAUAUGCCUGAUAAUUCCAUUAAUUGUCCUGUGCAUUGGGGUUGGAAACGGGGGUAUGGAUAUUUAGUAAGUUACUGAAAUGCUGAACACCCAUUCACACACUCUGUGAGACUCCUUUUCCAUAGCUGGGCUCGGGUCCCUCACCUUCCUGCCUUGCACAUAGCUCCUCAGAGCCCAGGCCAGUGUCCACCAGCCUGUGACACACAGGGUCAGGGAUUCUUUGUGCCUGCUGCAAAGGCUGUGUGAACUUUGUUGGCCAAUAUUGGAAAGGGGAAUGCUAUUUAUUUUUAUAGUGUAUAUUUUGUCGUGGUCUGCUGAUUCCCUGUUUCACUGAGAGCGACACUUACCUCAAUAGUUAGUUCAAUGUUGUGUUUUGGAUAAUUUUUGAAAAAACUUUUUUAAAAGCUUUUUGAUCCUUGGAGGUCUGUAGAUUUAUUUCCAUAUGAACUGGUUAUUUUGUAUAAAGUACAUUCUUAAAAUAGCAA